UGACCUUUCGUGCGCUAAUGUCAUGCUAUCCCCAUCCCUACCCUGCUUUAGUCUUCACGCAAAAUCGUUGGGCGGAUCGAGGGUUUCAGAGACGGACGACCUGACGCUUGGAUCGCCAUGUGCACGUUAGAGAAGCGCGGAAGCAUCUUCUUCUUGACCCUCACCGGCGGCGACGAGGAGCACCGCCUAAACCCUAGCCUCAUAGUAUCGAUCCGAUCAGCUCUGAGCGAAGUGCGUCAGCAGUCCACUCGCGGCUCGGUUCUCAUCACCACCGCCAGCGGCAAGUUCUUCUCCAACGGCUUCGACUUGGCGUGGGCAAAAGCCGCUGGAUCCACCGCUGCAGCCAAGGACCGAGUCUUGCACAUGGUACAACUGUUCAAGCCGGUAGUGGCGGACCUGAUGUCCCUCCCGAUGCCGACGAUCGCGGCGGUGACCGGCCACGCCGCUGCAGCCGGGAUGAUCCUGGCGAUGAGCCACGACUACGUCCUCAUGAGGAGCGACAGAGGCGUGCUGUACAUGAGCGAGUUGGACAUAGGCAUGACCUUUCCGGACUACUUCACGGCGAUGAUGAGGUCCAAAAUUGGAUCGGCGGCAGCUCGGAGGAACGUGAUGAUGAAGGCGAUGAGGCUGCGAGCAGCGGAGGCGGUGGCCAUGGGGAUCGUGGACUCGGCGUACGAUAGCGGGGAUGCGACGGUGGAGGCUGCCGUGCGCCUGGGGGAGGAGCUGGCCAGUAGAAAAUGGGAUGGCCAGGUGUAUGGAGAAAUACGGAAAUCUAUGCAGCCGGAGCUAUGUGGCAUCCUAGGAUUGGCCGAUAAGCUCGUUAUAGCCUCUUCAAAGCUCUGAUAUUUUCUCAAGUGUUUUCAGUAAGAUAUCUGUAUUGUGAAAUUUUGAUUUUGAGUUUGCUUCGUGUCCUGAUAUGCUAAGUGCUUGUAUUACCACAACAAUUAUCAUUACUUUACUACAAACCUGCCCAUCAACUUGAAGCUAAAAAAUUACUAUGGUUUUGGAAACAAAUUUUUGGUUUCAAAACCAAAUAACAGGGUAGUUCUAGAAUUGCAUUUGUCAUACUAUGUCAAUAGCUCUACAAUGCAUAUUGUGCUAACCUGUAGGAUUCGAGACCUGAACACCAGGAGCAGCAUUCUGGUUGGGAACGCUAAGGUCAAGAGUCCCCCCAAAUUGCAAAAACUUUACAGCUGCUUGGCCAA